AUGCCGGCUCCAAUCAGACAGUGGCCUGCCUGGGCCGAGUACACCCACGAUGACGCGAAGGAAGCCGCAGACCCCGAGUUCCUAGCUGUCAAGAAAGCUGUCAUUGCAGAGUACGGCGCAGAAGCUCUUCGCAAAAGUUGGAUCAAGGUGUGCAAGGAGCUGCAGAAAAUUACCGACGAAAUAGCGGAGAAGGGCAAUAGUAUUAUACCCGUGCUUGACACAACACAGAUCAUCGAGAAAGGCUUUACCGACGCCCAACGGGACGAAAUAAGGCGUAUCGGCACGUUCGUCUGUAGAGAAACCGUUCUGGAAGAGGAUGGAAACAAAUUCUACAACGACCUCAAGCAAUUUGUCGCCGCCAACGAAGGAUCCAUCCAAGGCUGGCCUAAGGAUAGCCCAUCCAUGCUCCUCCUGUACAAUUCGCCAUCCCAGAACGCCCUCCGUUCGCACCCCAACCAUCUCAAACUGCAGCGUAAGCUGAAUGAGCUGUGGCAUGACUCGACGGGGGAGACCACCUCGGAUCCUCUCGUCUACCUGGAUGGCGUCCGCGACCGCGCUCCAGGACAACCGUUCCUCGGUCUGGGCCCUCAUGUGGACGCCGGCAGCCUCUGCCGCUGGGCCGAUCCGACGUACCGGAAAGUGUAUGAGAGCAUUUUCUCAGGAGACCCAGAACACUUUGAUCCUUAUGACUUGAGUGUACGCAAAGGAGCCAAUCAGACCUUAUACGAGGGCAUGGCGCACUCGAAGGUGCUGCGUACCUUCCAAGGCUGGACUGCCCUGACACCUACGGCUCCGCGGGAAGGCACCAUCAUGUUCUAUCCAAAUGUCAAAACCGUCAUGGCUUACAUACUGCUGCGGCCAUUCUUCAGACCGCCGGUGGACCCCGAGGCGGACAUCAUGGAUGCUGAAAAGUGGACGAUCGAUGACUCAACAGGCUGGUUUCCGGGAACUUUCAAAGCAGAGAGUCAGCGCCUCAGCCGGUCUUCGCAUCCUCAUCUCAGGUUGGAGGAGUGUUUAGUGUACGCUCCGCCAGUUAAGGCAGGAGACACUGUUUGGUGGCAUUGUGACCUCUGUCAUGCUGUGGACACGGAACACCUAGGGAAGAAUAACGCGUCUGUGGCGUUCAUAGCCUCGUGCCCGACGACGCAGGUCAAUAAAGACUACGUCAAAAAGCAGCUCAUUUGCACGCUCGAGGGUCGCCCAGCUCCAGACUACUCGGAAGGUAAUGACCUCGACGAAACCAAGUUGAACGGAUAUGUCGGGUUGGACGGGCUUGGUAUAGAUGCCCGCAGAGCAUUCGGGUUUGAGUUGCUAGAAAGGUCGUAA